UGCUGCCCGGCUUGUGGGAUCUGUUCCCGGAAGGCAUUGAAAACCUGGAAUCCUAACCUAUAGCUCACCAGGAACUGUCCCCCCUCCUCCCCUCAAAUUCUUAUUUUUGAUGGCUCCAAGUGAAUGGGGAACAAAAGAAAAAGUAACGCUCUGAAGGGAAGUGAGUAUAAAACUGCACAUUCCACACAGGCACAAUUUUGCAUUUCCAGUUGCUACCAGUUUCCAUCACCCGCUCUAAAACUCAUGCUGUCGCUUAAGUAAAGCCUGGGGGUUUCAGAAGGGCCAGAAUCCAAGUUCCGCCCACAGUGCCAAGCCCCGCCCCCAACGUCCUAGCGCUCGGCCAGGCGCUCAGAGGAACUGUGUCCAUCCGCUCGCAGUUUUCACAUAAACCGUUGUCAAUCGGCCACUUCCAAUAGAAGUGGCCCGGCUCUCUAAUUCCGCACCGAGCCUGGCUCCAAAGGACACCGGACACGUUCAAAGGAUCCAAAGUAGAAACGGAAAGCCCAUUCGGAGAGGAGGAAGAGACAAGAAUCUCCCAGGACGAGACUAGGCGUCUGGAGGCUCCGCCCAUCCAGGGACACAGCCUCCUUCCACCCGGACGUCAGAGACGGUCGCCCCUCGGCGGUCCUGUCCCCCUGCUCAACGGUGCGCACGCGCAAUUGUCUCAGGACGCGGAAGCGGAUCCCGCGGAAAGACUGACGCGCUCGGAAUAAUCUUACCUGAAGAAUCUAACAAACAGAGGAGGAAAGAAGGAAUGGAGCUUUCCCAGGGACUGUUUACAUUCAAGGAUGUGGCCGUAGAAUUCACUCAGGAAGAGUGGGAAUGCCUGGAUCCUACUCAGAGGGCCUUGUACAGGGACGUGAUGCUGGAGACCUACAGGAACCUGCUCUCCCUGGGAAGCUAUUCUGCCACAUUUGCAAUCAAGGAAUUAUCAUCCCCCAAAGAGGACAUCAAUAAAGGAGAAUUAUGCCACCUGAUGACAUUAGAGAAAAAUGAAACUUAUGGCAUCAAGGAUUUUGACCUCAAGGAAGUCUGUCAAAAUAUGCAGGAGAGUGAGAGUGAGUGGGGAUGUGAUGCAAGAAAUGACAAAGAAGUGCUUUUGACCCACAACAAAAAUCUCAGUCAGAGGGAAGAUCAGGAUAAUAAAUCCUUAAUUAAUUUUCCUCAGAAUGUUUCUGUAAGAAGUAAUACAUAUGAAUAUUUCAUGCAUGACAAGCCAUUCAUAAGAAAUUUGUUAAUAAUGAAAGAUAACAUAAUCAUCACUGGAAACAAUAUAAAGUGUUUGGACAAUAGAACUGGAGCAAGACUGCAGGCACAGGUGGCUGAACUGCAGAGAUUUACAACUGAGGAGAAAAUGUGUGGAGGCACUCAAGUUGAGAAUUCAGUUGGCAACGGGUCCUCAGUUUCCCAACUUCAUCAAAUUCCUCCUACUGUGGAAACCACUGUGUUAUCUGCCCAACACAGGAGAACACACAUUCAAGAAAAAUCUUACAACUGUAAUGACUGUGGGAAGGCCUUUAGCAAAAAAUCAAACCUCACAAAUCACAAGAGAAUUCACUCUGGACAGAAACCUUACAGAUGUAGUGACUGUGGCAAAGCCUUUAACCACCAGUCCCACCUUACAGCACAUCAGAGAGUGCAUGCAGAAGAGAAAGCAUGUAAAUGUGAUGUCUGUGGCAAGGUCUUUAGUCGAAAUUCACAUCUUGUGAAUCAUCAGAGGAUGCACACUGGAGAGAAACCUUACAAAUGCAAUGAAUGUGGCAAAGCUUUUACCCAAUUUUCACACCUUAGCAGACAUCAGAAAAUGCAUGCUGGAGAGAAACCACACACAUGUAAUGAGUGUGGCAAGCAUUUUACCCAGCGUUCAAACCUUAUGGCACACCAGAGAAUUCAUACAGGAGAAAAACCUUUUAAAUGUAAUAAAUGUGAUAAGGCUUUUAUUGAACGGUCACAGCUUUGGGGUCACGAGAGAACUCAUACUGGAGAGAAACUUUACAAAUGUGAUGAGUGUGGAAAAGCCCUUACAAGACAUUCAUAUCUUACGCAACAUAAAACCAUCCACACUGGAGAAAAACCUUACAAAUGUAAUGAGUGUGGCAAAGCUUAUACCCAGUUUGCAAGCCUCACGAGGCAUCAGAGCAUUCAGAAUCCACGGAAAGAUAACAAGUGUAAUAUAUGUGGGAAAGUCUUUACUAACUCAUCAAAUCUAACUAGACAUAGGAAAAUCCAUUCAGGAAGGAAACCUUUUAAAUGUACAGUAUGUGGCAAAGGCUUUUUGCGUGGCACUGAUCUUAGACAACAUCAACGAAUCCAUACUGGCCAGAAACCUUAUAAAUGUAAGGUAUGUGGCAAAGCCUUUAGCUGUAGCUCAAGUCUUACUCGACAUCAGCGAGUUCAUACUGAAGAGAAGCCUUAUAAAUGUCCAAAGUGUGCCAAAGCCUUUAAACAGAACUCAAGUCUUAAUCAUCACCAGCGAUUUCAUACUGGGAAAGAAAAGCCUUAUAAAUGUAAAGAUUGUGGCAAAGGAUUUAUCAAAAUUACGAGCCUUACUCCACAUCACCGAAUCCAUACUGGAGAGAAACCUUAUAAAUGUAAGGAAUGUGGCAAAGCCUUUACCCAAAAUUCAAGCCUUACUCAACACCAGCGAAUUCAUACUGGAGAGAAACCUUAUACAUGUAAAGAAUGUGGCAAAGCCUUUCGUCAGAGCUCAAGUUUUCAUAAACAUCAGAGAAUUCAUACUGAAAAGAAACCUUACAAAUGAAAGGAAUGUGGCAAAGGCAUUGAUCAGAGCGGUCAUCUCACUAGACAUUUGAGAGCACACACUGGAGAGAAACCCUAGUAAUGAAACAAGUGAUGGAAGAGAUUUGUCCUAAACAUACACCAGAAAACAUGAGCGUUUAUACAAGAAACACAUGGGAGUGAUGUAAUAAAUAUGUAGAAAAGUAUUGAAUCAAAACUUAAAUCUAAGUAAAUAUCAGAGAUGGCUUACUAGAAAGCAUUUCGUCAAUCCUGUUUUCUGAAGUUACUCUGAAGGAGAAUUACUGCAGAGAGGAAUCCAUAGAAACACAUAGAAAAUUGAUAGCUUAGUAUGGAUCAUGAGAUGAACGGUUGGUGUUUAGGAAGUUACAGUUAUUAGCAUUGUAUCCUUGUUUAGACUGACAUGAUUUGAGA